AGCCUUCUUUUGCUCCUGGGUCUGUCUUUUAUUUUGCUGCCAUUGACACUUCUCAGUGUUGCUGCAAUGGGCGGCUGUGCAGGCAAGACAGCAGAUGCCCCAAAACCUGGAAGCAAGAGUGGUUCCUCGGUUCCGAAGAAGGAGAUUAAGGAAGGUGGCAUCGGCCACGCACAGUUCAUUAUUGAGAACACAGGCAAGAUCACGGACUACUACCAGUUGGACAAGAAGAAGUUGGGCGAAGGAUCCUACGGAUCCGUCUGCAAGGCGAACAACAUCUCGACUAAGGCCAUCCGUGCUGUGAAGACCAUCUCCAAGUCUCAGAUGAAGAAUUUGGAGCGCUUCAAGCAGGAAAUCGCCAUCAUGAAGAUGAUGGACCACCCAAACAUCAUCAAGCUCUUCGAGUCCUUCGAGGAUCACAGGAACAUCUAUUUGGUCAUGGAGCUCUGCUCUGGCGGUGAGCUCUUUGACCGUAUCAUUGAGUCAGGCCACUUCUCUGAACAGCAGGCUGCCAUCCUCAUGCAGCAGAUCAUUCGUGCUAUUUACUACAUGCACGAGAACCAAGUGUGCCACCGUGACUUGAAACCCGAGAAUUUCCUCUUCAUGACCAAGGACCCCAUCGAGAAAAACUUUUUGAAGAUCAUUGACUUCGGCCUCUCAUGCAAAUUCACUCCCGGGAAGCCCUUGUCGACCAAAGCCGGCACUCCGUACUACGUGGCUCCCCAGGUGUUGGCUGGGAAUUACGACCAGCUGAGUGAUCUUUGGAGCUGCGGCGUCAUUAUGUAUGUGCUGCUGUGCGGCUACCCUCCCUUCUUCGGCGACACAGAUUCGGAGGUCUUGGCCAAGGUGCGCUUGGGCAACUUCAACUUCAACCCAGCGGAUUGGAAGAACGUUUCAGAGGACGCGAAGACGUUGAUCCGCCAUUUGCUGAAGAUGAACCCCAAAGACCGUUACACCGCUGAGCAAGCCUUGAACCAUGAAUGGAUCAAGAACAAGGCACCCAAGGCUUCAGCCGUGGCGUUGCAGUCGAACUUUGUGGACAACUUGCGUGGCUUCCGAUCCCAAAACAAGUUGAAGAAGGCCGCCUUGCACAUCAUUGCUGGUCAGUUGAAUGAGGACCAGAUCAAGGCGCUGAGAGACACCUUCAUGGGCUUGGACAAGAAUGGUGAUGGCUUGCUGACCCCGGCCGAGCUCAAAGAAGGUUUGCAGAAGGCUGGCUUGAAAGAGAUCCCUCCAGAUCUGCAGGCCAUUAUGGAGGACGUGGAUGCUGAUGGCAGUGGCGUCAUAGAUUACACGGAAUUCUUGGCGGCCACAUUGGACAGGCGUCAGUACAUCCAGGAGGAUGUUUGCUGGUCUGCUUUCAGAGUCUUCGACAGGAAUGGUGAUGGCAAGAUCUCGCAAGAUGAGUUGAAGAUGGUGCUCCACAACUCCGAGGUGGAAGACACCUUAGGAAAUGGCAUGAUUCUGGAUCUGCUGAAGGAGGUGGAUGGCAAUGGUGAUGGUGUCAUCGACUUCCAGGAGUUCCUUCAGAUGAUGCGGGGCGGAAAGGUUCCGACCGGAGGCAAUGCCCUCUGAGGCAGCUCUGAACAAGUACUACUGACGCGUCCUCAACCAAAAAAGCUUGAGACAGCCCAAAAGGGGUUAUCCUUCGGUAACCAAACAUGGCUAGCUGGAAAUUCCAC